AGCGCCGAUCCCAGCAGUCCGCGCCGACCACCGAUAAAGUCACGCGUGUGCCGUCUUCUGCGCUUCUUCCGCCGGGAUUCCCUCUCGGCUGCUUCGGCUCGAACCGCUCCGACCCUCCGGGCGCGCCUCGCCCGCACAUAGCCGCGCACCCCCAGGGGGGGGGGAGCCCCAGCCGAGUGCCCGCGGCGACCGCGCGCCCGCUCGCCGACGUCACCGCGGAGAGCUCGCCGAGAGGCCGACGCGGCCCGCCUGCCUGGCGCACGGCCCGCGCCAUGACGUGCCUCGGCAGGAUCGUGGAGGACAUGUGCGGCGGCCCGCGCUCGCGGGAGUCGCCGGGGAGUGCUCGGCGCCUGCGCGACCCGUCCGACACGUGGGUCCCCGGCAACCCGGGCCGCCUGGAGAGCCACUACGCCCUCAAGGCCCGUGGUCAGCUGGCCAGCCUCGGCAGAGGAGGAAGAUCGAGGCCUUCUCAGAAGGCGGCGGGGCUUCUCAGGAGGCCGAGGCACUUCCGAGCUUGCCCGCCCCCUCUCAGUUUCCCCCCUCGCUCGCCGCCGAC